AUCUUACCAUUUUCCUUUGUAUGGAUUUGAAUAUCUAGCUUGGCCAUUAGGAUUGGCUUGAGGACCAAAUAUUCCCAACAACAAAAGAGAAAUUAGAAAUAUUUGGAAAUGAAAAGAAAACACUCAAAGAUGCGAUAUUGUUUGAUCAGGUGGCUCCUCAUAUGUUUGUACCAAUAUUGUUCCACUACUUGCCAAACAGUGAAUGGAACGACAAAGAAAACACUCAAAGAUGCGACAAACUCCAAAAAUCUUUGGCUGAGACUUUAACCAAGUUUUACCGUCUAGCUGGAAGAUUGAGUAAUGGUGACCUCUCAAUUCACUGCAAUGACGAAGGUGUUGAGUAUGUUGAAUCCAAAGUCAAUGCGGAUCUUGCUGAGUUUCUCCAUGAAGGACUCAAGAUUGAGCUUUUGAAUGAUUUUCUUCCAACAGAUCUGCCAUCAAGUUUAUUACUUAGAAUCCAAGUGAACACAUUCAAUUGUGGAGGACUAGUUAUUGGGAUAAAUAUUUCACACAUCAUAGCUGAUGGUUUCACGUUAGGGUCAUUUUUCAAGGACUGGGCACACAUUAGCCAAACAGGGACAACAGAAAGUUGUCUCCCAAGUUUCGGCCACUUGCCGUUGAUCUUUCCCUCAAGAGCGCUAUCAGGACCUCAAGUUUCACCUCCUUCCAACAUAGGCCCUAAGAUUGUCACAAAGAGGUUUGUGUUUGAUGCUUUGGCAAUAUCAAAGCUCAAAGACACAAUCAAUUCAAGUGCCACAUUCAUUAGACCUACUUUAGUGGUCGUUCAGUCGUUCAUAUGGAAGGUUCUUUUGAACAAUUCAUCAGCCAAACAUGGACAUUCAAGGGGCUCUUCUUUAUUAUUUCCUAUUAAUUUGAGGGGAAAAUCGAACCUGCCAUCUUUAGAGCAUGCUCUAGGGAGUUUAUUCGUGACUGUAGCUGCUACUCUUGAGGCAAACCAGUUAAGAAAGGAAUUAAGUGACUUUGUUAGCGUGGUAGGAAGUACAACAAGGGACACAUGUGCAUGCAUCGGUAAGGCAAACAUCAAUGAUAUUGCCUCUAUGUUUGUUACCUGUGGCACAGAAGUUAUGAAGAAACUUGGUCAAGGAGACCAGAUAGACAUUUAUCCAAGCAAUAGUUGGUGCAGAUUUCCCCCGUACGAAGCAGACUUUGGUUGGGGAAAGCCAUUCUGGGUGAGUAGUGUUGGCAAACCUUUUGAAGUAAUCAUCCUAAAUGACACAAAAGAUGGUGGUGGAAUAGAGGCAUGGGUUAGUUUGAAGGAGAAUGAGAUGACUGAAUUCAAGAGAGACCUGAUAUUUCGUCGUCCACUUGAAAAGUAGCAUUUGAUUCCUUGAUGUGGAUAAAAUGGUUAAUUUUGAUCUUCUAUAUAGUGACAUUUCUAGUGUAACUUUUGAGCCUAGUUGGUUGAAGUCUAAUCCAUAUGAUGAUAUAAAGGUGACAACAGCCUAGCUAGUCGUUGAUAAGAUUUUGUUUUGCUUUUUUUUCCGGUUCAUUUGUAGAGUGAGUCUUUUCAACGAUUCAAAACAGAGUGAUUCUGAAUGGUGCUAGUUGGUUUUCUUGUAAAGUGUUUUAUGUCUUUUCUACUAAUUCAGUCAACGUCCUUAUAUCUGUAUUACUCAUUAGAUUAGGUAUAAUCCAUUAGCUAU